AUGGGCGCUUUGGACUCCCUCGCCGGAGGAACCGCGACCCCUACGACCGCCGCUGCCCUCACCAUGCUGAACGGGGCAGAGAGCCAAAGUUUCGCCAAGGAACCUCCCGACCUCCAGGGAACGACGACCAAAGACCCCAGCGAGUUAAAGAUGGGCGUCCAACCGGAGCGCUUCUACUACCCCGAACCUCACAUGCAGGAAGGGGGCUGCAACUUAGGGCUGACCUACAGCGGACAGAUCGUCCAGGGCGGGUUUGGGGUGACCAACCCGGCUCCCUCGGGCCGGUUUUUGGGGCCAGGCGUAAACAGCUGCUCCUCCUACAGACCCCAGCCUCCCGCUCCUCCCGUCCCUGCGCCUUCUUCGGCAGGGCCACCGGGGAAUCCCGGCUACCCGGUGUCAGCUGGCGAGAUCUAUCCGAGCGCCGGGGACCUGUAUCCGAGCGCGCACGGCAGCGAAGGCUGUUACUCGGCGGCGGUUCAGCACAUGUUCCCGCGGGGUCCUCUCUACCCCGUGCCAGGCUAUCAAGUGUCCGGAAAGAUCCAAGUGGUCCUCAACAACUAUCCUCUCUGGGCCAAGUUCCACAAGCACCAGACGGAAAUGAUCAUUACCAAACAGGGCAGGAGGAUGUUCCCAUUUCUGAGCUUCAACAUCUCUGGGCUGGACCCCGUGGCUCGUUACAGCAUCUGUGUGGACAUUGUAUUAGUGGAUCAGCACCACUGGCGGUACCAAGGAGGGAAAUGGGUUCAGUGUGGCAAGGCAGAAGGAAACAUGCCAGGGAAUCGGACGUACGUGCACCCGGAUUCUCCAAACACUGGCGCCCACUGGAUGCGGCAAGAGAUUUCCUUUGGAAAGUUGAAGCUCACCAAUAACAAAGGAGCAUCAAAUAACGUCAUGCAGAUGAUUGUGUUGCAGUCUUUGCACAAGUAUCAGCCACGGCUACAUGUCACAGAGACCAAGGAAGGCGAGGUGGAUGAGGCGCACCCGUCCAUGUGCACCCAGACGUUCACCUUUCCCGAGACUCAAUUCAUCGCUGUGACGGCGUACCAGAAUGCUGAUAUUACCCAGCUGAAGAUAGACCACAAUCCUUUUGCCAAAGGUUUCCGAGAUAAUUUUGAUUCGAUGUACAACACAGCUGAGGGAGACCGCACAACCCCAUCUCCUCCCAGCGCUAGCAGCUGCCAGCAACUUCUGGCCGGCAGCCGUUUCCAGCCCUUCUUACAUGAUCAGUACCCGCUACCCCAGAGCCGCUUCUACAACAGAGAGCGUGGCCCACUCCCCCUACAGCCCAAGGAUACCCAUCCCUGGUAUUUUGCCUCACAACAGCCACCUACUGCCCCUCUAGAAUAUGGCACCUAUGACACUGACUACAGAGGCAACAAAUUUAUGUCCUACGGCGUGAAGCCAUUUGCCCUACAGGCUUCACCACACCAUUCGCUGCCAUAUUACCAGGAGCACCCCUUCGGCCCCCCGGCCACUUGGAGUUCUCCAGCCCAGUAUCAUCACCCCAAGCCCACCCCAGGGGCGUUGAGCUGGUUCCGGCCCAUGAGAGAUUUGCAGCCCGUGCCCUCUGGUGAUGAGAAAGGGAAGGACAGUGAGGGCUGGGCCGAGCCGGGUUCAGUGAAAUCGGCUGAUUCCUCAGACUCUGGGUUGUAUGAAGCUGAGUGUAAGCGUCGCCGGAUGUCUCCCUAUGUCUCCAGUGCCGAGAGCUCACCCCCCAUCCGCAAUGGAGACCUUUACGACAAAGAAGGAGGCGAUGGUGGUUACUAUGGCUUCUAUGGGAACUGAAGGGAAACAGAGACACUUGAGUAUCAGGAGGGGCUUUGAGGCAUCCGAUUCCCCUCGAGUCAUAUCAGGGGUACCCAACAAAAAGGGGACACCUUCUUCAUUGGGUGGAAGGUCCGCACCGUCACAGGCACAGCUUGGGCAUAGAAUUGAGUACUUUCUGGAC